AUGAACUCAUCCGUUAAAGGGGAAUCCGAGGUUCUAAACGGGGAAUGCGGCGACCGUUCUUGCGAGGGAAUUCCGCACGAGGAUACGGGAUCCGAUCCUGAGCUCGGUGAGGAGAAAGUCCCUGAUUGCGCUAGGCUCGAUGGUAUCCCUCAAAAGAUUGAGAUGCCGUGGAGAUCAUCGUCAAGAUCUCUGGCUCGGGAUGGUCGAUCGGGGAUGACCGAAGAUAUAGUCAUCGCUUUGCGGGAGAGGGUGGGAAUCAGUGACGCGGUCAAGAUUCUCGUUCCCUUACCUGACCAAAGGCCGAUGGACGCUCCACCUGGAUGGUUUUGCCUCUACGAAUGCUUCCUCACGGAGUUUGGAAUACGUUUUCCGGUCCUCCCGUUACUUCUCGAGUAUGCGUAUGAGCGGGGUGUAGCGUUGAGUCAGCUGACCCAUGGUGUAGUGCGGCAUAUGGUCUUCUCGGCCGCUCUGGCGAAGGCAGCCGGGAUGAAGCUAGACAGGGAGCUCUUUGAGCGUAUAACUGAUCUUCGUGCUGGGGUUAAGGAAGGAGGUUUCAAGCGUUUCCACACAUCGAUGAAACAUGACAUCGUUUUUGGUGAUCAUCGAACGAAGAUUCAUCACUGGACGCGCUACUACUUUUUUGUCAAGGUCGACCGUGCUUCGGUCGGGGAUUUCGAUCCUAGAAGGAUUGUCCCAAGGAAAGUAAAUACUACUCUAAAGGAGAAGUUUAGAACUUUACGCGACUUGAGUAGAGAGACUUGGGCGGAUGCGUUUGCCGAGACCGAAAGGAAGAAGAAGGAAAAGAAAGGAAAGGCUAUUGCUAUAGCGAUUCCUCUCCCUGAUAAGUUGCCGGGUGUUGCUAGGAAGACAGGCUUAAGGAAAAGGGCUCCGGCUUUGGUGGAUGAUGAUAUCCUGAUUUCUGAUCCUUUAUCCAAGCGGAUGAGGUCAGAUUCCUGCGAGCUAGGUGAUCUUCCUCAGUCACUGGGGUCUCUUGGGGGUGUCACCAGUGGCGAUUUCUCUUCUCGGACUGUCGCGGCUUCUACUGGUCAGGGCGGGGAUAUGAGUAUCCUGGAGUCUGGAGGUGACGGGGUGACGGAUUCCGUCGGGAUAGACUCCGAUGCUGUCUCCUUUAAGUGGAAAGGUGGUGCUCCUUUAAUGGAUAAUGGCGACUUUAGUGGAGAGAUGGUUUGGGGUUGCAAACCUAAGCCAUGCUGGGGGGUUCCGCGUGGUGAGCUUGAGUUCAAGGGUGCUUUCGAUGAGGCUUCUAAUAAUCUUAUUAGAGCCGGAGGGAAGUUUGCUGCGUUGAUUCAACUUUAUGACGGAGCGCUCAAGGGUGCUCGGAGCGGAGUUGAUCAAAUUAAAGCCGAUUUGUUUGAUAACUUUGAUGGUGAUGCGGCUGCAGUUAGGUUUCGAGGAAAAGAUGCUUUUGAAAAGAAGAUAGAAGCUCUCAAAGGCGAGGUUGCGAAGGUGUCUGGCCUUGAGGUUGAAAAUAAUCAACUUCGGGACAAAAUUACGCAACUGGAGGAUAAAGCCUGUCGGGACAUGGAAAACUCGAUUGCCGAGAUGGCUCGUCUUCGCAAGUCUCGGAAGAAGUGGGCUGAGUUGACGGCUGCUCAAGUGUACGAAUCAAUGCAUAAUUGGUAUACUCCGAGGUUGGACCGUAUAGGUAGAUACGUCAGUCAGCGGGAUGCAGUGGAGAAGGCGGUGAUUAGGAUUCAAGUCGACGAGGCUCUUCUUUCCUAUGUCAGGAAAAUAAAGGGGGUCGAGCAGGAUUUUGAUGCGGUGGAGAAGAUGCUUGCGGCCCGGUUGCGGGAGAGUAAGGCCGCCGGAGACUUGGUCGAGGAUGACGAAGUUGAAGCUGAUGACUAUGCUCCGCCCUUAAGGUUAGAUCUUCGUUUUCGUCUUGCUGAAUUUUGCUUUGACAGCGCAUGGAUUGUUCCACGGAAUUUUGAUCAAUAUGGGUCAAUAUAUCGAACUUUCAGGCCUACCCUAGCUGAGCUGGCGUUUCCGGGAUCCCCAUCGUCGCGUCAUCAAUCGAAGUAG